AGACUAUAAAGCCACUCACAGUGAGAAGACUCUGUAGUACUUCUGAAGAGAUUCACUGAAUUAAUACUCAACCAAUAUUCCUGUUAGUGGAUUUAAGGAAUUUCAGCAUGGCUUCAGUUCUACAUUUUCUCCUGCAACUCAUCCUCUGCUACACAGCAGUUUCCUCUCAAACAAUGGAGCUAAUCCCAAAGAAGCCACUGUUUCGAGUGGGAGACAGACAGGAGCUCACGUGUCGAGUGAAUCAGUGCUCUGGGACAGCGAAAUUCUCCUGGGGCAGUGUACAGGACAGGCCCAUGUAUGCUAAUCCCCAGUCGUCCACGAAUAAAUCAACUUUGGUCUUCAAGAGUGUUCAAGAAAUAAUUGAAAAUACAAUUGUGUGCAAGGCACAGUGCGAGGGGCAAUCCAGGAACAUGCAGGCUAAAGUGAAAAUCCGUGUGUACUCUUUUCCAAAUGAUCCAGUUGUCUCUGGAUUUGACAGCUUGGUGUCAAGGAAAGAGAACACCCUGACCUGCAAGGUUUCAGACGUUUAUCCAGCAGAAUACAUGACAGUGGAAUGGCUGAGGGGAGGAAAAGUGGUCCACACACAAGAGGGAGAACAUGGCAUUAAAUCCAUUCAGUCCAACUACAUUUUUAAACCACAACUUAAUGACACAGGAGAGUCAAUAAUAUGUCGAGCCACACUCAACCUUGAUGACCUGCCACAAGAGGAGAGAACCAGAGAGACCACUGUGUCCAUGGCUGUCCUUCCCCCUCCCGUGCUGGUGUCCCUGCAGCCAGAUUCGAGCUUCAUCCCAUUAGAGAGAGGUUCCUCUAUGAACCUGUUCUGCAAAAGUUCAGGCUGUCCUGACCCUCAUAUCAACUGGAAGAAUGUGAGGCAUCAACAAAAUCAGAGCAGUAUUGACAGCGAGGAGUCCGUAAACCAGCUAGGCCCAUGGACCGUAGAUUUGGAGGAUAACGGAACGUUCAUUUGUGAAGUUGAAUGUGACUCUGUUGUGAAGUCCAAGCGCACAGAGUUAAAGGUUUUCUCCUUUCCCUCAGAUCCUACCAUUGAAAUUUCUGGACCCUUUCUGGAAGGUAACGUGACCAACCUGACCUGUACAGUUCAUGACAUCUUCCCAGUCGACUGUUUUCAUAUACAGUGGAUGUAUGGAGAGCGUGAGCUGCAGUCAAUACAUGGGGAUUUCUCAGACAAGCUGCAAAACCUUAGCUUGACAAUCCCCAUCAAGCCUAAGGACAGUGACCAACAUAAGACAUUUACCUGCAAGGUAUCACUUAAAAUUGGGGAUCACUUGGUCCAGAAGACAGCAUCUACCACACUGGAAGUACACUAUUCACCCAAGCAUACAACCAUUGAUGUGAGACCCCAGAAGCAACUGAAUGAAGGGGAGACUGUGACCAUCUCCUGCCAGACCGACAGUGCUCCAGAGGGACAAGUGACUUUGAGUAGAGUGUGGAAUGGAGAAAAGACUAAAUUGGUUUCCAGUAAUGGGACCCAAACCUCUUUUAGCAUAUCCUAUACUAAUGUAUCACACUCUGGCAUCUACGUGUGUGAGGCUGUUAACAGAUAUGGCAAUCAGACUGAGGAGGUCCAGAUAACUGUACAAGCACCUCCAAGAAAUAUUAGUGUGGCGGUAUACCCAUCAAAUGAGGUGUAUGAGGGUGAAACCAUCACAGUCUGCUGCCAGUUGGUGAGCUUCCCACCAUCUAAAAUAGCCUUAAGGAAACUGGACAAUGGAAAACACAUCUACUCUAUGGAUGGCACCUUCCUACUGGUUAACCUCACUGCCAACAACUCAGGCAUGUACCAGAUCACCGCUACCAAUGCCCUGGGUUUUCAGAAUAAGAAUUUCACAAUAAAUGUGAUACGUAAAGAGAAUUCUUCCACAGAUAAUCCAGGAUCAUCUGUGUUAAACAGAAUAGAUUUAAAUAAUUUUAUAAUUCCAGUCAUUGGUGUAGGAGUUCUGGCUACCGUAAUCAGCACCCUGGACUGUAUAAGAAGAUCAAAAAGGAAAGGCUUCUAUGAGAUGACUGAGGGCAUUCCAUAAACUGUGUAGACUGCAUGGACAAAAAUGCAAGCUUAGUAUCCUGUAUUGAGCUGAAGCAGAGUCUACUAAACCUAAUCAGGCACUUAUUCUGCUGAACUGAAUCACGUGCCGUUGAACCAGUUUCUGCUAAACUGAAUUACUGAUUGGGGAACUGAUUCACAUUCAGAAUGCGUGAAUCAAACUGUAAAUGAAUCACACUGUGCUAAACUGAAUUUUACACAAGUGAACUGAAUCCCAGUCCACUAAACUGAAUCCCACUCACACUGGACAAACAACACUGAGUCAACUAAACUGCCCUGUGAGGACCUAUUUUUCCUUUGCUGGAGUACUGUUAUUAAGUUUGAUAAGUCUCAAAUUUCUGUAACAUUUGUGUGUGUGUGUGUGUAUAUGUGUGUGUGUGUAAACCAUGUGUCUGUGUAAACCAUGUGUGUGUAAACAUGGUCAUAGAACCUGAGGCAUUUGUAUAUUUUGCAAAAAUGGUGUUCUUGUUUUAAGCAGCUUUUUCAUGUGUAAUUACAGUCCCUCCAGCUAGUGAAUGUAUUAUUUGGUAAAAUAGUUGCACAAGCUGGGCUGAGAGCACCGUUUGCCUGCAGCAUAUUAUCAGGUUUCUUUUAAACAAUUUAUUUUGCUGUCUUUAACUCUGUUUUAGAGAUGCCAUCUGUCUCUAUGAUGUGACAUUGAAUUGAUGUAUAACAUUUAAAGGAGCCAUUUAUGUCUGUUUUUUGUUUCCUCUCUUUGUGAAAGUUCAUGACUACUUUCGAAAAUGCCUUUAAUAAAUAUUUAUUUUAUAAGAA